UAACCUCGAGUCAUGUGAUACUAUCACCCAUGAUGGAGGUAGAUUGUUUCUAAAGAAAACAUCGUUAAUUUUGGCACAAAUCAACACAGAAAUGAAGGUAAAAGAGUAAGCAGUCAAGAUGCACAACGCGUUUGAAUGCGUUCCUAUAUUGGAACGAAUGCCCUUGCCCAUUGAUAGUGUUGGGACUGUGGAUAACAAUUUACUUGUGGGAACAAAUAAGGGACAUUUACUAGUAUAUGAAGUGAGAGAGAAAGACAAGUAUGACUCAAGAUUUGAACCAGAGUUACAACGAUCGAACAAAGCAUUUUCAAGAAAGCCCAUCACUCAAAUGACAAUCGUGAAAGAGCUUGAACUUCUGAUUAGCUUAUCAGAUGGCCUCAUCAGCGUCCACGACCUUCAGUCAUUCUCGUUGAAGUGUCAGUUACACAAAUUCAAAGGCGCAUCAUUUUUUGCAACCGACUUGAAGAAACGUGACAAUGAUCAAGAUCUUGGACCCCCGUUCCAACUUCGUCUUUGUUUCAUAGUCAAAAGAAAACUGAUGCUCUAUUAUUGGAUAAAUGGGGAAUUUCAGGAGUUGUACCCAGAUCUUGGUUUAGCAGAAACACCGAAGGUCAUAGCAUGGUAUGGCGAUUACAUUUGCUAUGGAGGGAAGCGUGACUAUUACCUUAUCAAGGCUGAUUCUGGAAACUUAAAAGACCUUUUUCCAGUUGGAAGCCAACACGAGCCAUACAUUCGUACACUGAAGUCUGGCGAACUUGCUUUAAAUCAAGACAAAAUGACCGUUUUCUUGAGUGCUGGCAAAGGUUCCUCUGCAGAAAACAGGCAUUCGGUCACGUGGUCAGACGACCCUUUGGAUAUAGAAUACAUCUCCCCGUACAUUAUUGCGAUUUUUCCUAAGUCAAUUGAAAUUUGGUCCCGUGACCCAAAAGUAUUCAUUCAGAAAAUCGACUUGCCUGGCUCAAAGCUAAAAUCGAUCGUUCAGCACCAAGAUUGUUACGUAUACUCACAGAAUCAUGUAUGGAGGCUGGUGCCAGUGCCUAUUAACAGACAGAUUCAGCAGUUAACAGACGAUAAACAGUUCGAGGUCGCCCUGAGUUUAAUUAAAAUGAUGGACGGAAGUGACAAAGACAAAGAAAGAACGACACACGAAAUCGAGAAUCUGUAUGCGUUUGACUUGAUGUUCAGGAAGAAAAAAUUUGAAGAAGCUCUUUAUCUUUUUACCAAAAUCGACACUGACCCCCUGUUGGUGAUUGGUGUUUUCCCCAACUUGUUGCCCGAGCCCUACCGAAAGAAUGUCACCUAUCCGUACCCGCUACCUGACUUCAGCGACGGGGCAUUAGAGAAGGGCUUGCACCACCUAACAGGAUAUCUAGCCAAGAUACGCAAAAAGAAUAUGGCUGACAUGGAGACAACGGUUGAUGAGAAACUCAGUGCCAAAAAGAUGCUGGCACAAGUUGUGGAUACAUCUCUUCUAAAGUGCUAUCUUCACACAAAUGAAGGAAUGAUUGCCCCCUUGCUCCGAGUUGGGAACAACUGCCAUGUAGAAGAAUGCGAGAGGGUUUUGAAAAAAGCAAAAAAGUACAACGAGCUUGUCUUACUGUAUCAGAAUAAAGGAAUUCACAAGAAAGCUUUGGAUCUACUUUUGAGACUUGCAGAUAGGCAAGGAGGUGUUGGGAAGGGCAAUGAAAAGGCUGGGAAGUUAAAAGGUCACGAGAAGGUCGUCGAAUACUUGCAGAAGUUAGGCCCAGACCACAUGGAUUUGAUCCUGGAUUAUUCUGCAGGAAUUUUGAAGAAAGAACCCGAAGAUGGAUUAAAGAUUUUUACUGAAGAUAUGCCAGAGAUAGAAAGCCUACCAAGGGAGAAUGUUCUGCAGCACCUAAACACACAUGCACCCCAACUUGUAAUGCAAUACUUGGAACAUGUCAUCACUGACUGGAAAGAAACAAAGCCUGAAUUUCACAAUCGAUUAAUUGUCGGCUACACAGAAAAAAUUGUCCCUUUGUAUUUGGAAUUCAAGGAUGCACAGCAAAAAGGUUCUGCAGCAUCAUUUGUGAAAGCUGGGAAGGAGCCUGGAGAUCUUGGCGCACUUCGCACCAAAUUAAUAUUUUUCUUAGAGACUUCUACUAAUUAUCAGCCAUUGAAGCUGCUCAGGAAUUUUCCAACUGAUUGCCUCUUUGAAGAGCGAGCAAUACUUUUUGGAAGAGCGGGGAGACAUGAGGAAGCUUUUGCAAUUUACAUUUACGUCCUUAAAGACAAACAAAUGGCUGAACAAUUCUGCAGAAAGCAAUAUGAAUUCGACAAAGAGGAAAAUAGAGAUGUAUACUUAAGCUUGUUGAAGAUGUACUUGAAGCCAACAGAAGUACCAACAUUGAGGCUGCAAAAUUCAAUACUCGAAGGUGUCGAGAUGAAACCUGACAUUGAUGCAGCUAUCGAAAUCAUGAAUGCCAAUCAUCACAAAAUCGACGUAACUCAGGCCCUUGAAUUACUACCAGCAGCCACUCAAAUUACAGCUAUACGCUCCUUCUUGAAUAACAUUUUGGAAGACAAAAUGGCACAACGGAGGAAAAGUCAAGUGUACAAAAGUUUGUUGUAUUCGGAACAUUUGCAAGUCCACGAGCAACGAGUAUUUUACCAAAGCAAGAAAUGUACGGUCACAGAUGAAAGGGCAUGCCGAGUUUGCCAUAAAAAAAUUGGAACCAGUGCAUUCGCAAGAUACCCGAAUGGUAUUAUAGUCCACUACUACUGCUGCAAAGAUCGACGUGUCUGUCCGACGGAUUUGGAUUCCUGAUACCAUAAAAGAAAUUAUUUCAAGGAAAAUUAACGCAUUGCAACGAGAUAUCGAAUUCCUCUUAGCAGCAGCUCCUGGUGCCUCGCUAUGCCAUAUCACAAGUAUUGAGGUUUGCUGAGAAGGCCUGAUCCUCUGCUCGCCAGGUACUUGCUGUUGAAUUUAGGCAAUGAUUGGAAAAACUGCUGAAUUUUGGGGCUGAAGUGUCAUUCACAGGAUGACAUCAAAAAAUUAAGAAAUGCAUGAGUACAUUCAAUGUUUGCUACCGUUUACGCAGGGGAAGAAUUUUGUAAAAAUUGCUUUCGGUCAAGCUGAAUUUGGUUUUUUUGUAAAUCUUUUGACCAUAAUAUCGACCUAUAUCACAAGUAUUAGAAAAUUAAUAUUAAAGCCAAUAUUGCUGAAUAAAUUUGUAGAUGCUUUAAUUCUGCCGCCGAUUCAGCUUAUGAAUAAAACUUUUAGGUUGAGGCGGCCUUUCCGUUGAUGCGUAGUUCAUGUUUGGUUCUUAUGGGCUUAGAACAAUCUAUUGCUGUGUAGAAUACACGCAUGUACAAAUGCUCAAUUUGACGCUGGUUAUUCAGUUUGGAAACAGUUAGCAAAUGUUUAAGAAAGUGGGUAGUACUAUUAGCUCUUGCAAUUUGAAGGCUCGAGAAAUGAUUGUUCAAAUUCGAGUUGCAGCUGACAAGGCCUGAUUUAUGUUGAUGACCUUUUUCCUGGAAGGAUUAAUUUAAGUGUUGUUACUUGACCAACGAAGAACUGUCAAAUCAAACUGUUACGAGCCUUGGCUCCGUUGCCAAAAACUGCUUACAAAUUAACACAAAAUUCGUUUUCUUUUAAGAAGUAGUAAUUCCAACAUCUGAGCAAAGUCCGACGUUGAACCAUCCCCAUAACAAAAAGUAGUUAAAUAAACAAACAUUAAAAUGUGACUUAAGCAUGCUCGAUGUACAGAAAAUUAAUAAACAAGUGAAUUUCAUAAUAUGUUUCUAUGCAAUAAUCGUAGAUCUAUUUUAAAAAAUAUGUUCUUUAAUGUAAUAUGUCUUUCUGGUUUGCCAGUUACAUAGCAAAUGUAUUUAAACCGCAGAGAGAAGAACCGCACAGAUUGUUAUGAUGUGGAUGCCAUUGAUAGAUUUUCAGCAAUUGUGGUUCUCAGUGAAUUUGAAGCU